UCGUACUGUACGUUCAACAAAUCUAAUACCAAAUACGUUACGCAUCAACUAGUAAGAUAUUGGACAGCCAAAUCUCCAGAUGUAGCGGCAGUCCUGUCCUUCAGUCCCGACGCUGGCGUCAGGUUGGAUGGUAUUUAGAAUUGGAAGCAGCCCUACAGCCGACAGAGGUUCUACCUAUUCAAUUAUGCUGCCUGAAUCGUGACCAGCCGUACUGUACCUCUGCUGAAGGAAAAAAAAACAACAACAAUUAUUGUUGAAGUGGUUCAGACAGUGUUCGAAACUCGUCACCUUUUAGAAGAGCUGUUAACUUAACAAUAAGGGUGGACACGUUUGAGGAGGGGUGGCACUGGUUGGCACUGGUUGGUGCUAAGGCCUCGAUCUGGGGUGCUAUCUGCGUGGAGUUUGUAUUCUUAACGUGUUCAUGUGGCUGUCCUCCGGGUGCUCUGCAGUCCAAAAAAACAGUAGUAGGAAGAUGGCAGAAGAACGGCUAUAUUUAACAAAAGAAAAAAAGGUGAAAUCGCUUUUAUGAUGUGGAUUCGUAAAUACGAAAAUCAGAGAAAACUACAAGUCCCAGAAGCCCUACAUCGGCCUCCUCCGCUCAAAAAAAAAAAGCUUUUGGGAAAGAAUCCCUGGAAUUUGUUUCCUGUGAAACCUAGCCAGAGAAAUUGAGUUGCAAAGCGAUGGAGGCGGACUGUGCUGCUGUUUGUGUUGAAGGAGCGGGGUCCGGCAUGGGGCUUCAUCGGAUCGCCGUCCCAGUUUAGAACGCCAGGGUCCCCCAACUCAGCCAUGGCAGAGCCCUUACUUAGAAAGACUUUCUCCAGGCUGCGGGGCAAGGACAGAUUCCGGAGGAAAACGGACCCUAAACUUGGAGACAUACCAUCAAAGACACUGCCUGAUUCCUUGUCCGAGACCGAUGUUGGGCAAUCCCAAACCAGCCAAACAGUAGAAGAACCAUGCAAACGAGGGACAUUCAUUACAGUUUCCAAAAAACAAAACUGGGCCAAGUGUUCAGCUGCUUGCAGGGACAAUAGCUGCAUACCUAGCACUGAUGGGCCUCGUAGCCUAGGCUCAAGGACUCAGGAAUGGGAAGGCUGUCAAGGAAAAUCCCAGGUCUUGAGCCUCAAAUCUGCCUGGUCAAGUUUUUCUAUGACGCAGAAGUCUGUCAUUGUAGACAGCAAGGAAUGUUCCCAGAAAGCUUCUGAGAUUCCACCAAAAAGAGAAGCAGUUUCCUACAAAGGUUCCUCAGAACAGUACUCAUUCAGCUCAGGGGUCCCUGAGCUCACUAGGCCAUGCUUGAGCUACACAGACCACUGUGCGGCAUCUAGUUCUGUGAAAAUCACAGGUCAGGGAGCCUACCUCCAGAGCCUGGAACGAAGCAGCCGAGCCUGGGUUCUCUCCACAGGAAAACCCCAGGCAUCCGAUGAAGGCCUUCGGUUUCCUCCUAACUGUCUGGCAGAGUGGAAGCAGGGGACAGAUGGGGAGAGCAAAGGGAAUAUUUGGUACAACCCUAUCCCAGAGGAGGAGGAUUCUCGCUGUGGGAAGAUGGCAGCAGACUAUGGCAAUCCCUGGAAAAAACGUGAGCUGGAAGGCUCUAUGGACAAUAAGAAGGAAUGUUGGGCCCGGAAACGGGCUGGGAUCAUAGGGCAACCUAACAGGGUACCGAGAAUUGAGAGACACAACAGUGACACCCAGGCUCUUGCAAGCAGCUCAAGUAUUUCCAGGACUGCAUGCGCUAAUCAGCCUGCAGUUUGUACCAAAGAGCUCACUGUGGAGAGCACUGCGACUCACAGGAACGACCAUUCAGAUGGUGCCCAACAGGCUGGCCAGUCGGAGCCCUCUGGUGCCAGUGGGCCCUCGGACAGCCCUGGUGCCCAGAAAAAGCCUGGCAUGAUGGAUCGCAUCAAGUCGCCUGGCACGGUGCGCCGGCUCUCCAUGAAGAUGCGCAAGCUGCCCGAGCUGAGACGCAAGCUCAGCCUGCGCUCCUCUCGUAGCCAGCGCCAGGGGCAAACGGAGGGCACUUCCCCACUCAACGCCCGCAAGGAAUCGGGCAACGUCAUCAGCCGCUACCACCUGGACUCCAGCGUCUCGGCCCCCGAGCGGCCCCCCAGACGCUCUUCCAGGAGGGGCAAGUCGGCCAGCAAGGGGGGCUACCUGAGUGACGGAGACUCCCCCGAGCUGAUCGCCAAGCAUGACCCCCAGGAAGGUGCGGGGGUUCUCGAUCCGUCUGCUUUCCGCCCCUACAGCCUGGCCGAGCAGCCCCGGUGUGCCCAGAGGCUGUCAGGGCUGAUGAGCGUCCACCUAUACAGGCUGGAGGAGGUGAAGUCCCCCCGCGUGGACUCCAAGGAGGUCUUCUGCGCCAUCCAGGUGGAUGGGGUGACCCGUGCCCGCACUGCCCUGCUCACCUGCCGGGGCACCUUCCUGAGCCUCAACCACACCUUCAACCUGGAGCUGGAGCGUGCCCAGCUGCUCAAGCUGGUGGUCUUCUCACGAGACCCCAGUGCCAGUCGCAAUCGGGUCUGCUGCUUGGGGGCAGUCGCCAUCCCGCCCCUUUUCAGAGGGUCCCGCUCCCAACAGCUAGCAGUGAAAUUGGAACCUCGGGGGUUGCUGUACGUGAAGCUGACUCUUGUGGAGCAAUGGGAUACCCCAGCCAAGCCCAGUGACCAGGAGCCCAGGGUUUUUGGCAUAGAGCUGCGCCAACUGGUGGAGAAGGAGGGUUCUGCAAUCAAAGUGCCCCUGAUUAUCCAAAAGAGUGUCUCUGAGAUUGAGAAAAGAGGUCUCAAGGUGGUGGGACUUUACCGUCUCUGUGGCUCAGCUGCUGUGAAAAAGGAGCUGAGGGAUGCCUUUGAGCGUGACAGCACUGCAGUCACUCUCUCUGAAGACUUGUACCCUGACAUCAACGUCGUCACAGGCAUUCUGAAGGACUACCUGCGUGAGCUGCCCUCCCCUCUCAUCACCAGGACCCUGUACGAGGUGGUCCUGGACGCCAUGACCAAACGCCCCCCCAAGAGCACACUCAGUAAGAGGGAGUCAGAUGCCCAGCGCUCCGCCCACACGGUCACCCUGCUAGACUGUCUGCCCGAGGCAGAGAAGGCCACCCUGACGGUGCUCCUGGAUCACCUCAGCCUGGUGGCGUCCUACAGCGAGUGCAACCGCAUGACCUGCCAGAACCUGGCAGUGUGCUUUGGUCCCGUGCUGCUCACGCCCACCCAGGAGCCCUGGCGGCCAGGGGGGCGCAGCUUUGCCCACAGCGAGGAGAUCGCCAGCGCCGUGGAUUUCAAGAGGCACAUCGAGGCCCUGCACUACCUGCUACAGCUGUGGCCACUCCCUAAAGGACGAGCCCCUGAUCCUCCUGACCCUGAACCUCCAGUAUCCCAGAAUUCUUUGAGGAGGCAUCAGCGACCCGUGUUGAGGCUGGACCUAUCAAAAGACUCAGUGGUCUCCAGGAGGGGACGUGGUCGGUUGGAGAGCCCGCCCUGUAACCGCUACGCUGGCGACUGGAGCGUGUGUGGACGGGAUUUCCUUUCUAUGCCUGAGGCAGAUUAUGAUGAAGUAGCAGGGACUGACAGCGAUGAAGAGGAAGGAAGAGGUGAACUAGGAAAGAGGGACUGGGACCCUCAGAGGCCCCUGUAUGUGAGUGACUUCACCCUUGACCCCCAAGACAUUGACCUGGAUGCCCCCUUCACCACCAGGCUCAGUCUGAAGGACUUUGACACACUGAUAUCUGACCUGGAGAGGGAACUGGGCAAGCAGAUCAACAUUUGUCUCUGAAAGGGUGGCCCCCUAGUGGCCAUAACCAGAAAUAUACAGAGCAUCAGUUGAAGAAAUCUGAGGUUUUGGUCAACUGCAGUCUGAAUUCCCACUGCUGGCAUACAAUUUACAAAUCAUGACAUAAGCAGAGCCAGUAAUCUUUCACAAUUAUAAAAACAGAAUUUACUCCCAAAACGUAAUCCUUUGUUGAUAAAAUAAAAUAACCUAAAUCAGAGAACAUUUGUAAGCAGUUUUUAAAAGAUUUAAAUUUAAGGUUAGUGUUGGAGCUUCCAGGAACUGUGAAAACAUAUCUAAAAAAGUAUAGAAUAUAUUGUGCCAAGCGAUUAACUGAUACAGAUGUAAGAUUAGAAAUUCUGGAACCCAGUAAUGAGAAAUAGCCCCUCUACUUUUGAAACUAAAUUUUAUAAAAUGUGUGCAAAGUUUUUUCAGUGGGCUCAACAAAUACACUCUUGCCAAAGAAGAUUACAGAUAUUAAAGAAAUAUCAACAAAAGAACACCUUAUCUGCUCAUUGCCACUUAUCUGUGGUUUUCUGGGUUACCAUAGAGAUUAUGUAAGUUAUGUAAUUAAGAUAACUUGCGGAAAAGGAAAGUUGUGGCUCUAAUUGUCUGCACCAGAGAUGACGUUGGACAGAGAGAAGAUGGGGAAAAGGAAAAUACCCAAAAAUAACAAAAUAACCAAAGUCGAGGGCAAUUAUUCCGCUGUCAUCAGAACUGAUCAGCCUGGGCAUCAGCUGUUUUUCUAUUGAGAAAAUGCCAAAGGAAGACGACAAGCAAAUUUAAACAUUUGCUUCAGUUUUUUUUUUCUCCUCCGAACUGUAAUGUUAUGACUUUUUAAAAAAAACAAAAUGGUAUUUUGGACAUUUAUCUGUGAGAAAUGAACAUUUUUGCUUUUGUUCUGUCAAGAUUUCAGGAUGCUGAUGGCAAAGCUGGUGACAACUCCAAGCCAAAGAGUAAAUUCUUCAGCUUUAAAACCCAAUAUUCAAGGGUCCUCUUCUUGGUUUGACUUUAUUUUAUUAUAUACUAUUAAAACAUUAAGAGAAAAUGGGAAAUACCUUACAGGUAAGAGAGCCAUAAUUCAAUAUGGUGGCUAAAAUGUAAUGUGUUGCAUAUUGGAAUGCUGGUUUUUGAACUCGCUCUUAACCAUGGUGUUUAAUGGUGUUUAAAUGAGUUUCUUUUUAAACUUCCAUACGUGUCAUUGUCAGGCCAUUAGUAACUGGUCAGACCACUGCUCAGUGAAUGUUUGGCUGGACUGCAGAACAGUAUGAAUAAUACAUGUUCCCCUGCCUUAUUCCUCUCCUGUGUUUUUAGUUUAUACUUUUUCCAUUCCCUUUGAGGGUGUAUUAUAGAACUGUUGUCAUUUCUUCAGUGCCAGCUAGUCACUUCUUUAAAGGAAGACUUCAAGCUGAAGUCCAAUUGGAAGGAAAUGUGGUGGGGAAGUGAUGUAACAUUGCACUUUGUUCUGAACCCAUUCAGUAUUGUGAUGGGUACAACAGUGACAUAGUCUGCCCUGGUAGCACUUGUGUGCUUCCUUAAGAAGAACAGAUCAGUCAAGCAUAGCUGGGAAAAAGAGAUGAAAUAUUCAAAUAAGAAACAAGGGGAAAAUAAAAUUACAGGAAAAAGAGAAAUAUCUUCAUAGAGGA